UGUGUGUGUGUGAGAGAGAGAGAGAGAGGCAGUGGGAGUGUAUGGCUUAUGCGUGUGAAAAAGAGAGAGAGGGGGAGAGUGAGAGAGAGUUGUGUAAUCUGUCCAUUUUGUGUCUCCCCUGUCUCCCCCCUUUCUCUCUUUCUCACCCUCUGGCCCCCUGACUGCCAGGCGUCACACCAGUUUAUAAUAAGGACCCAGAAACGGAAAAAAAAAAAGUUGUCGAGUGAACGGGACUGAAAGAGAGAGAGAGAGAGAGAGAGAGAGAGAAAACGGAACCCUUCCCACUCUCCAAAAAUCACGGGGAGUGACUGUGACAGGAGGAAGGGGACAGAAAGAGAGAGAGAGAGAGAGAGAGCAGCGGGAGAAGAAGAAGAAGAAGAAGCCCUCUCAGGACUUCAUCACAUGUCUUUAAGGACUGCACGGGUCGGAACGGACUAAUAAACUGGACCGAUAAUCGAUAGCUGUGAUCAGCAGCGGAGUGAGAACUGUUGUGGGAGACUCUCUGGAGGAGCAUGCGGCUCGGUUUCUUAUUCAGGCUCUAUGUGCUGUGGGGCUUUGUGGUGGUCACGACCUCUGUGACCAAGGCUGCCAAGAGGAAGGUGGCAGGCCGGCGGUCCAGACAGGUGAUUGAGGCAGAGCCUGUGGAGGGGGUGUGGACUGUUUGGGGGGAGUGGUCAGAAUGCUCUCAGACCUGCGGCGUGGGCGUCUCACAGAGGAGCAGGAAGUGUUUACCCCCUCCACCUCCACAGUCCCCUCCCCUCUCCCACUCCCCACCUAACUGGGCAGGGUAUCUGCCCAGAGGCAUCGGAGGUCCCGUCAUCUCACCUGCUCGCCCCUACUACCCUCCGCAUUACCCCGGGCAACACCCGCCUUAUCACUCCCCGUCAAUCUCCACCAAUCACAACCCAGGAUUGUCUCUGUAUCGAAAUACCCCUGCAGGAGGAGGAGGAGGAGGAGGAGGAGGAGGAGGAGGCGCUCCUGUUCCUGGACAGGCCAAUCCAUCUUCUCCUUUUUACCAACCAGAAUUCUCUCCAAACAAUGAGGACCUUGUGUCUGUUUAUCGAUCGCCCUAUCGCCCUCCCUCUCAUGGCUAUAACCAGCCGGCAAGGAUCAUCAGGAGGCCGUCCAGUCCAGGAGCAGUGAGGGGUGGAGGAGGGGGGAGCAGAAGGUCGGUCUCCACCAAUCGGGAGGGUUUGCCGGCGAGAAGGUCCUCCCCAAUUCGUCCGGGUCAGUUCGGGUAUGGCAAGGUCCCCUUCUCUUUACCUCUGCACCGCCCAAACCGCCAGGCUCGCCACACGGCUAACGGCACUGACACUGCAACGCAGGCGCCUGGACUAGCUGUGAGUGAAGAUGAGGCAGAGAACAACAGGAGAGAGGAAGAAGAGAGGGGCAGUGAUGGAGAAGACAGGGAGGUGGCAGGGAGAGAGGAGGAGGAGAAGAGGAAGGUAGAGCAGGAGAGCUCAGAGCCACCUGCUGCCGAGGAGGCGCCUGCAACCAAGCCACCACACCGCCACGUUGACAGACCCUCGUACACCCACACGGAGCACGUGAGGGGGAGAGUCCCAUCCUCCCACUCCUUCUCACGCCCCUCGUCUCCGUCUCUAUCUAACCGCCACCGCUUUGACUGGCACUCUGUCACUGCUCCACCUCCCCCCGUCUCCCCUCUCUCACGCCCGAACUCCCCCGCCGUGGCCUCGCCUUUCUCCCCUCCUCUCCACCGCUCCGUCCCCGUGCACAGAGACAGGGAUCUCCACCCAGGCUUCAGCCCGCAGGCCCCACCCGCCGGCAACAUCUACCCUCUACAGCACCACCACGUCCCGCACCUGGGGGUCGAAUCAGGCAGGGACGGAGGCAGAGGAGCUCCUCAGGUCUUCAGAUGCUCUGGCCCAGAGAAGGAGUACCGCAGGUGCUUCUCACAGGUGUGUGGAGGAGGUGCAUUGGACUCCAGAGCAGAGCAGUGCGCGGCAUUUAACACCCAGGAGUUCAUGGGUCGCCUCUACAACUGGGAGCCUUUCACUGAGGUUGGUGCAGACAAGCAGUGUGAACUGACCUGCAGACCCGCCGGUUAUCGUUUCUACGUUCGUCAGGCCGAGCGUGUCAGAGAUGGGACUCCCUGCUUCAACGUCAGCUCAAAUGACGUGUGUGUAGAAGGACGAUGUCUGACCGAGGGGUGCGAUGGGGUGCUUGGCUCCGGCUCCAUGAUUGACAAGUGUGGAGUGUGUGGUGGGCGGGAUUCCUCCUGUCGAAAGGUGACUGGAAGCUUCCAAAAUGUCACCGUUCCCCUUGGUUACCACAAGAUCCUGGACAUCCCACCCGGAGCUACAUUCAUUAACAUCACGGAGAGACGAGCAAGCCCUAACUACCUGGCCAUGAGGAGUGGCACGGGGGCCUCAGUGGUGAAUGGACGUUGGGCUGUGGACCCUCCAGGGGAGUACCAGGCAGGGGGGACUACCUUCACCUACACCCGACCUAGAGCACAGGCAGAGGGGGAGGAAGAGAAAGGAGAGUCCCUCAAGGCUCCAGGACCCACCACCACACAGCUACAGCUAUAUAUCAUCUUCCACAAAGAGAACCCAGGCAUUGACUAUGAGUUUUACAUCCCCGUGGAGAAGAAGGAGGGAGAGAGGGAGAGGCUGACGGAGAGAGAGAGGGAGCCGACCAGAGAGAGGCUGAGGGAGCGAGAGCCAGCGAGGGCACCCCUUCGUAGUCCUCUCACUGUGUCAGUAGAAGACCCUCCUCCUGCUCCUCCUCCUGUUUCGGUCCCUUCAUUCCCCUCCUCUUCCUCCGCCUCUUCCUCCUCCUCCGUGUUUUCUGCCCCAUCCUCAGAACGCUGGGCACCUGACAGGUUGCGUCCUCGAGGAUCCGCGCCCAAUAGAAAUGCUCGGAUCCCCCCUCGCACUGACCUGCCACCGGAUACUCAACCGCCAUUUGUCUGGAGAAGAGGUGGACUCACUGAGUGUUCUGCUUCCUGUGGCAAAGGUUCUCAGUACAGAGUGAUUCUGUGUAUAAACCGUCACACAGACGAGGAGGUCCCAGAGAGGAAGUGUGACUCUGCAGCCAAACCUGUUCCUGAAGAGGAGCCGUGUAACACACACCCUUGCCCACCAUUCUGGGAGGCCAGUGCAUGGUCAGAGUGCAGUGUGUCCUGUGGCCCCGGGGUGCAGCAGAGGCAGCUCCAGUGCAGGCAGAGCUUUGGGAACCGCUCCACCAUGGUCCACCCACAGCGCUGUGCCAACCUCACCCCACCAGAGUCUACACAGGCCUGCCAGCUCCGCCUCUGCUCCCACUGGGAAGUCAGCUCGGACUGGAGCACGUGCUCAGUGGACUGUGGAGUAGGGAGGAGGACGAGAGGUGUGCGUUGCAUCAGCGAUCAAGGCAGCGUGGUGAAUGACAAGGAGUGCAACUCCAGGCUCCGUCCGCUGGGAAGUGAGGAGUGCAACAUGGGACCCUGUGUGACCAACUGGUACUUCACCGACUGGUCCAGCACUUGUUCGGCCCAGUGUGGCCCCGGGGUGCAGAGGAGAGAGGUGGUGUGUCUGACUCGAGGAGGGGUCAGAGAGGGUAAAGGAGGAGGGGAGUGUGUUGGGGACAAACCGGCAGAGAUGAAGGCCUGUAAUGGAGGUCCCUGUGUGCCAACAGCCAUGUGGUACAGCAGCCCAUGGACACAGUGUAACGUCCCAUGUGGAAACGGAACUCAGCGACGAGACAUCAUUUGUGUCCACAAGCUGGGCAAUGAUUUUACUGUCGUACCAGCCAGUGAGUGUGCACAUCUGGACAAGCCCGCUGCAGUCCAGGAGUGUGAGAUGGGAGAGUGUGAGCCACAGUGGUUCACAACAGAGUGGAGCGCGUGCUCACGUUCUUGUGGAAAAGGCUUGCAGAUGAGGGAGGUACGGUGUCUGACACCAGACAAAACGCACAGCCACGAAUGUGAUCCAGACAGCAAACCCGACCAGGAGCAAAUCUGCAACACAAUACCCUGCAGUCCGCAAGUCUCAGACGAAAACUGCCGAGACAGACGUCAUAACUGUGUGAUGGUAGUGCAGGCCAGGCUGUGCGUCUAUUCCUACUACAAGACUGCCUGCUGUGCCUCGUGUACCCAGAGUGCCCAGCGCACCAAGAGGCAAUGACCUGCUGAGCACAAGGCAGCCCAGGUGUGCAGAAAAGUCAAUGAUUAGGUCAAAAAGGGCUGAACACCCCUUAACAUGACGAGUCUGUAGAAAUGGACAGCCCAGAGUAGACGAGUGGUGGCAUGACGUUCAGAUAACAUUCAGCUAUUUUCUCCUGAAUCUUCAGGUAACACACUGUGAAAACAGCCGGUUCCUUUUACCAGUUCUGUGUAUACAGUUUUACAUUGUCUCUUAGAGCUGCAUAUUCCACUGAGCUUGUUUCCAAUUACUUUGUGCGCAUUAGCUUUAACAGGUUCAUAAUGUGUCACACGGGGCUGAGUGACACAUUAGCUGUGAUUUCCACUCUUGAAGACUCAUUUCUACAGUUGAGAGAUGAUAAUGGAAGGUCCUCACUGAGGACACAGCUGUGGUUCAACAGCACAUUUAGCCUUUGUUGAGAUUCCUCUACAGGAUCUACAGGAUAUUAAGACAGAUUUAGACAGACAUGCAUACCACUAAUUAUGUGCUGAACAAAUAAUUACCAUGCGUGCUAGAUAAAGUGUGUAUACUAUAGUCUUAUGUGUGCUGAAGAUCUACUGGAAUAGAUCUACUGUUGUUUCUGUACGCUGCAGAUGUCCCCCACCGAGCUACAGUGGAUACCCCCAACCAAGCUAGAAGGAUUUCAUUUACAUAAUGUAUGUCUUGUUUUUUUUUUUUUUUGUUUGCCAAAAAUAUUUCCUCAAGUGUCCUCUUCUUGUUCAGUAUUUGGACAGAUUAACCAAAGGAGUGAGGUGACCAUGGCAGUAAGUGACCAAAUAAAAUAUAUCCAAGUGGGAAGACAGAGGUGAAAGGCUUCUCGAACAAGAAGGAUAUUAGACAGGGAUGUUAAACAAGCAGCGCAGACUCUGCACAGUCCUUCUAUAUAUUCAUGUCAGUAUACACAUACAUGUAGGUCUUUUUAAAGAGAGCUGUCAGAGUGGUGAUAAAAUCCACCAUAGAGUUGUAAAGACUCAUAGAUGCAGUUGUUACUAAAAACACUGCUGCUCACUUAAUCAAAUUUUAAAUGAAAUGAAAUGAUCAGCUGAUAAGCCUGGUGUUGAUGGUUGUAUUCUUUCCUUCUUGUCAACAAAUCACAUCACAGCAUGAAAAGAGUCUAAGACUCACCUCCUGACGAUGUCUCUGGCACUCAGCCCCAAGUCCACUUGUUCCUAAUGAAGAUGUAAAUCUUGAAAAAUUGCUCCCAAUAGUUUCAUUUUUUAAAAGAAGGCUCAGUAAUUCUCUAAAACAGCUGGGCACUGAGGUUUUUAGCAAAUUUUACUCAAACAGGAGUGAAUUGUGCAUCUCUUAAGGACUAUUUCCUGCUGUGGAGUAACACACAUUAGUUUUUAUGACUCCAGGACAGUGAAUGUAAGAUUUUUUCAAAAUAAGAUACAGUGCAUAUGUUCAUCAUAAUGAAGGAACAUGUAUCUAAAGCAACACUGUGGUUCAUUUAUGUUUUUAAUAGUUUUUGAUGACAGUAGAGCUCUACAACACAGAGGAAUAGCUGGUAAGAGGCUUUGGAUACUCAGCCAGUGUGUGUUAGUUUCAAUUCAUUGUUAGUUUUCAUGGGAUUUGUUGACGAUAAGAAAAAUAUAGAUUGUCUCCUUUAACCAUGAACGAUGUAAAAAGAUUCACUCCUGAUUGACGUAAUUUUUCAUUUUAGUGAUCACAUGGCACCGUGACCAUUGAGCCAAGGUCUUAAAAAACACAUUUUAAUGUCCUCCCUGUUUCCUUACCUCAUCUCAAUACAUCCUCUCCAUCAUCACCUUCUUGGGUGGAGAGGAAGAAUCUGUCCUAUAAGAAUAGGUGAAGCCAGAAUUAAGAUAUGAAGACAGAGGAAGCUGCUUUCGUUCAAUAGUCUUUCAAUAAGCUCAGUUAUGAUGCGGAUCUAAUGCAACCAUUCUGCUUUGACCUGAAAGUAAAUAUUUUGCAUAUCAAAGUGGCAACCUCUGUAUGUGUGUGCAAGUACUCUUUAUGCUUCUUCUAUCUUUCUCUUACAUUGACUGUUUUACUUAGCUCUCUCUUUUCCUUUUCCUACACCUCCCACCAAGAAACGUAUAUUCACACUCUGCCCACUCAAAGGUGAGGAGGAGUCUGUAUAUUUGUCAGAUAUGUUUUAAUGUCUAUAAUUUCUUUGAACAUAGUAGGCGCUUAUGUUUUAUAACUGAGUAGAGUUAUCAGAAGUGUUGUUGUAGACUGCAUUUAUUCACAUCUAACUGUCAUAUAACUAUUGUAUUUUGCAUUUGACAAGUACACGUGAAGUGUGGAUGUUUGAGAUGUGUCUGUGUAUGUGUGUGUGUGUAUGUGUGUGUGUGUGUGUGUGUGUGUGUGUGUGAAUGCAUGUGUGUAUGGUUCUGUGUUUUGUGAUUGUGGCUUUGAAUGUGUCAUUUUUGUCUUUAAUCCCUCAUAGUAAAAAAAAAAAAUACAUUUUAUAUAAAAAAUAAAAAAAGGAUAGUAAUUUAUCUCUUAUCUAAAGAACAUGUAAUUUAUUUUCUGUUUUAAGAGGCUGUAGCAUUUUUUUGUUACCACCAGAGUUUAUGAGAUUGUUAUUAUUGAUACACGGAUGGAUUUUUUUUUUAAUCUUGCAAAAACAAAAAACAGAGUCGAAAAAUUAUUGAAUGAAAAACCUUCAUUUUAAAUAAAAGUGAAACAACAUAGA